UUAAGUUUCCGGUCGAAAAUUUUUGGCGAAAAGGAAUAUUUAUUGUGCGCUAUGUCGGCGCCAACAAAUUUAAUGACUCUUCCCAUGGAGGAAGAGCUUACAGUUGAGGAGAUCCCACUCUCUGCCCCUGCGCUGCGGACAGCAUCUUACCACAUGGGAAAGCACUGUCUUCAUCAAAGUCGCGAAUUCAUGUUGUGCGACAAUGAACUUCGUGACCCUAGGAAAUGUUUGAAAGAAGGCGCUGCGCUCACAGCAUGCGGCAUGGACUUCUUGCGCAAAUUGAAGAAGAGUUGCAACGAUGAGUUUGAGACCCACUGGCGAUGCAUAGAGAAUAAGAGUUCCGAUCUCUCUCCAGCAAGAUGCAGGAAUAGUCAGGGUGUGUAUGACAAGUGCAUGCUGGAUAACCUUGGUAUGGAGAGGCCAUAUAAUGGUUUUUACUCGCGGCCACACAUGCACGAGUCCGCCCGUCCACAGCCUCCGCCGCCGGCCCCAAAGAUCUACACCGACGUACCGCGGGUCUUGCCACCAGAUUACCCGAAACCACCAGCGAAAUAUGGCAGCAGACAGUACUGGUUUGAAUAGAUGCAUACAGAGCUCUAGGCAUAGGCUGCACUUAGUGGGGAUCACACCGAAACAGAUCCAAAUGGGUUACGCCCAAUGCGAGAGAGGGUUUGCGGUUGUUAUACCCGUGCAAUUACGCUUGUGUGGUUAGCUGCUUGUCUUAGUUUCUGGCAUGGUUAUUAAUAUUUGAAGGAUUUGCCUUCCGGUAAAAAGAAGUCUGAUAUUUGAAAAUCGGAGUUGUGAAAACAUGAGAAAACAUACGAGUGGUUUCAAUUGGUAAUGCAUGAUAUACAGUAUAUGGUAGGUUACCCCGCAAUUAAGCUCAAUUGAACAACUAGUUCUACUGUUUUUUAUGUUAAUUUACAUGAGUAACACUUUGUAAUAAGUAUCGACUUAAAAUUGGCUUCUUAAUCCCAAACAAAACAUUGUUAUAAUGUAAUUACUGUUAAGUAAAAAUAAAACCAGUGUUGAAGCUGGAA